CUAGACCAUUCACUCACACACACACACACAUCAGAUCUAGACCAUUCACUCACACACACACACACACACAUCAGAACUAGACCGUUACCAGACCAGUCACCAUGGCCGACAGUAAGGGCGCCGCAGCAAGUAAACUGGUGGUAAGGAAGAAGGAGAGGACGACGAAGACGAAGGAGGUGGUGAAUGUGGAGGUCAAGAGAGAGGUGAAGACUGAGGUGAAGCGGGAGGUGAAGAGAGAGAUGAAAUCGAGUUUGGUGAAGAAGGAGGAGAAGGUUCUGUCGGUGGGAGAGAAGGUGGAGGGGAGUGGAGAAGUCCCGGUGGAAGAAGGAGCAGCGGCUAAUGGAAACGCCGCGCCUGCCAACGCUAACGGGCCCAAUGGAGAGUACGAACCAAUGGAGCUGCCUCCAUGGGAGAUCAUAGAAGGGGACCGCAUCGACCCGUUCCAAUUCAAGUUCCAGUUCAAGAACGUGGAGUAUUCUUCAGGCCGUAACAAAACGUUUCUGUGCUACCUGGUGGACAAGGGCAAAGCUUCUGACGGUCUGUUGAGAGGUUACCUGGAGGACGAACACACAGGAGUCCACGCAGAGGAAGCCUUCUUCCAGCAGAGUCUCCCAGACUACGACCCUGAAGUCAAAUACACCAUCACCUGGUAUAUGUCGUCCAGUCCCUGUGCGGCCUGCGCGGCUAAAAUGGUGGAGGUGCUCAAGGCCAGAAAGACUGUCAAGAUGACCCUCUUCUCAGCACGACUCUUUGAGUGGGAGGAGCCAGAGAUCCAGGCGGGGCUGAAUGCUCUGUCCCAAGUAGGCUGUAAACUGAGGAUGAUGAAGCCCAUGGACUUCACCUACGUCUGGGACACUUUCGUGCAGAACGACGACCUAACGUUCACUCCCUGGGAGGACUGCCAGGACAACUAUGAGUACUACCACGAGAAAUUGGCUGACAUCCUUCUGUGAUCACAGAAGGCUUUUGGUCCAGAACCCACCCUCCACCGGCAGCCUCCACUAUCUGAGCAUCGUGUGAUGUGUACAUGACUCAACUAUUCACAGAACAGUGUGUGUGUGUUUGUUCAUGUGUUUCAAGCCGUCCUGCUCUACACACAUUUUGAAUCUCGCUCCAGACAAUCCCUUUCUCAUGGAACUCUUCGCCCCAGCGUACAAGACCCGUUUGGGGUUGUUCUCACAGGACGUGUGUCUGCCGGUUCAUCUGUGAAUUGGUUCUUAACCCUAAAAAAGCCCUGCAAGAAUGCACACCUGAUUCAUAAAGUAUAAAUUAUCACUUGUUUAAUUACAAUAUAAGCUAUAGCAAUUUGUCCGUCUCCUUCUGUGUCCUCAAAAGGACGUUUCAUAACUGCAGAAGUUAACUUUUCAUAUCUGCACUGAUGUUCCAUCUGUCAUUCAGAGAAUAUUCUUUGUAUGAAUAUCAAAAUAGAUAUUUUAUAACGAUACCCUAGACUUUUUUGUUCAACUGAAGCAGAAAAAAAAUGUUAUUGUUAUUAAUAGUGAUUCAUGAUGAUGUGCGAUCAAUAUUUUUGUUUUACACAAUUUGUUGAAGGAAAACAUUUUUGUAGCUUAAUGGUGUUUGUAGUAAAUAGUGGAUAGAAUGAUAAAACGCUUUUUUUACAGAAAGAAUAAAGAUUGUUGUGUUGCGUGAGCACACCUUUUUAACUUAUAAAUCUAGUGAUGGAAAUAUAAGCAAAGUACAGUAUAUUAUUUAUACAAAAAAUUGAAAUAAAAGAAGUGU